AAAAAAUUGCUUCCUUUGCUCUUUGUAUAGAAAGGGACCAGAAUUAUUUAGUUCCCUUUGUCACAACUAGAUAAGCUCUUUAAAGCAAUCAACAGACAUUCAACAUUUAUUGAGAUUGAACAGUGUAUUUCGUGAUUAAAAGCAUGGGCUCUGACUUCAGACCAGCUGGGUUUGAAUCCUGGCCCUGCCUGUUGUUAGCUGUGUGACCUUGGACAAGUUACUUAAUCUCUGCAUCAGGUUCCUCCUUUGUAAAAUGGGGAUAAUGGUAGUAUCUGCAUAUAUAGAGUACCUAGCAAAUUAUCUGGCACACGGUAAAUGCAAAGCAAAUGUAACUUUUAAUAUUUUUAUUACUGUAAUGAACAAGAUACAAUCCCUGCCCUCCAGGAAUUCAGACUCAGAGAAGAAAAAACAUAAAGUGAAAGAAAUGCAGAACUAUCUGCUGGCCAUGAGAGAAGCAAGGAAAAGUUUGCUUUGAAAAAGCUUAAUAGCAAGGAGAUGAAAAGGAGUAAAGAAUUGCAAGAAAUGUCAGUCUCAGAAUAAAGAUUAUAGAAGGUUAACUUUUAAAAAUCUACAUGGAUAGACUUCGUGACCCGCUGAGACCGCAGUUGAAUUGUGGUCCUCUAAACUACUGAAUAUUCCUGAUGUAUUGCCGGUGAAGUAGUAUUUGAAGCUUUUCAUCAGUUGGCUCAUUCUUUACUCAAGAAUAAACCUCAAGAAACGUCAUCAGGGUCAGGAUGGCAACGGCAACACGACAAGAAGUCCUUGGCCUCUACCGCAGCAUUUUCAGGCUUGCGAGGAAAUGGCAGGCUACAUCAGGGCAGAUGGAAGACACCAUCAAAGAAAAACAGUACAUACUAAAUGAAGCCAGAACGCUGUUCCGGAAAAACAAAAAUCUCACGGACACAGACCUAAUUAAACAGUGUAUAGAUGAAUGCACAGCCAGGAUUGAAAUUGGACUGCAUUACAAGAUUCCUUACCCAAGGCCAAUUCAUCUGCCUCCAAUGGGCCUUACCCCACUCCGAGGCCGGGGACUUCGAAGCCAAGAGAAACUGAGGAAACUUUCCAAACCAGUAUAUCUCAGAUCUCAUGAUGAAGUUUCCUAAUCUAGAGGAAAGUUUAUUUCUGCAAAUGAUGAGCCAACUAGUUCUUGAAUGUAAACCAGAUGGCAAAACGCUUCUUGAUUAGGGGCAAAAAUUCAAAUGUCUUCUUAAAACCUCCACAAUUGAUUCUCACCCUGUGAUGUGCACUUAGAUAUCCCUAGAGUUUCUCAGUGUCUUUCUUCCUGAGUGGAUGGCAUUAUCCCUAGAGGUCAUGGACCUUACAUCCUCACUGCAGUCACCUUUGGAAACAAGACUGAGGCCUGUAGAAGGAAAGCGGAAGGGUGCAAGAGCUGUUCAUGGGAAUUCCAAUCACCACACAUGCCAGCUGAUGGAAAAAAAUCUGCCAGUCACUGGAAGUUACUGUGGCUACUAUAAAACUAUGUAUCACUCUCAGAAUAUUCUUAGGCUUUUUUUUUUUUCAAGUUAUAGAUUUGCUUAAAAGUGAGGUUUUUUUGUGUGUGCUUUUUUGUUGUCUUUUGACCCUUCCAGUUUCCAGAUAUGUCUUAAAAAGUGCAUCAUUGGAUUGACCAUGGUUUUUCAUGAAAUUUUAUGAGAUUUCUGCCUUAACUAAAUGCAUAUAUUCCUUAUCUUAAAGCCUGUCAUUACUUAGGAUGCACUUACAGGAUCUGAAAAGCUCACUUUAAACUCAUACUGCAUUCAUUACGAGUAUUUUACGUUGACAUAAUUGAAAAGUACAAGGUCCAAGCUGGCUUUCAAAUUAUGUCUAAACAGAAAUGGGACAAAUAGACUUGAAAAUAGAAGGGAUUUAUUCCACCCCUGCAAGGGUAGAGUCAGGUGAGAGUCCCUUGGUGAGUCAUUUGUACAUCAGUGUCAUUUCUUCUUAACCUCUGAAGAAGAUGGACAUCAGAAAUAAAGACAAAGCACUAUCAA